AUGGAGGAUUUGGGCUCUUUUGAAGGAAGACAUUUUACUGAAAAAUUGCCUCUUGAGGCUUUUACGUCUACUUCUGAAGUUAAAGAAAAACUUCUGCUAGGACGAUACAGGAGAACAGAUACUGAGCUAUGUGAAUAUAUUAAAAAAAUAUUAGGCCAUCCACUGUUCAAGUCUCUUAUGAUCAGCACCAUCGUACUCAAUGCAAUAUUUUUGGUUAUAGAGACUGAUUUUAAAGUUCGAUCUGAGUCGCAUUACUUCCUGGAGAUAGCAGAUCUGAUUAUUUUAGCCAUCUACACAACAGAGUUUCUCCUGAACCUUUACCUGGACCCCAUAGGUUACUGGAAGGAUGGCUAUAAGCGAUAUGAUGUAGUUGUCCUUUUCUUUGCUUACCUGUUAUAUGUUAUCGACAGAAGCAAUCCACAAAAGUACAGUUUUUGGAACCUGGUGAAAGGAUUCCAAGCACUCCGGAUUCUCAAACUUGUCUACUAUAGCACAGGAAUGACGGUUCUGAUGACAGCCCUGGGUCAGACUGUGAGGAAUGUGAUCUACGUCCUUGUCUUGUUGUUCCUGUUAAUGUUUAUCUUUGCAAUCCUGGGUCAUGAUUUGUAUGGAGAUCCUGAAACUGGAGACAUGCAGAACUGGGGGGACCUGCCAUCUGCCUUUUUCACUCUUUUCAGUUUAGUUACGGUUGAUGGCUGGACAGACUUGCAGGAUGAACUGGAUGACAGGGGUCUCACCUCAAGCCGGGCAUUCACAAUAGUCUUUAUUCUCCUAGGAUUUUUUGUAUUUUUCAAUAUGUUUAUUGCAGUUGUCAUUAUGGAUAUUCAGGAUACAACUGAAGAAUAUGAGAGAAAGCUUCAAGCAGAGAGGCGGGCUGCUCUUCAUACAAAGAAGCAGGCUAUAUUAAGAAGGCAACAAGAAGAAAUCAAUGCAUUGAUAAAUCAGCAGAAAUCAAGCGAAUAUAAAACCUUCAAUGAAUUAGUAGAAGACUUUAAAAAAUCCCUGCAUCAUACAGAUCCGAUGAUCCUAGAAGAAUUUUGUGCCUGUUUACCAUUUAUUGAUCUGUAUUUGACAUCCCUGGAUCGUCAGGAUGCCACAGUUUAUAAGCUGCAAGAACUCUACUAUGAACUUGUUGCCACUUUGACUACCCUGCUGAAUGAAUCAGAGCAGAAGUCUUGGCAAUCUCUACAAUCUAUUCAGUCCAAAAGCAGCCAGCUGCAAAAUUAA